UCAUACAACCAAAGCAUCAAAGUUAUUGCGUGGCUAUAGGUUAUUCUUUUGGUAAAGCUAUUAUUUACCAUAACAAUGAAACGGAUGUGGAUUGCCGAACACAACUCAAACACGUGCUCGGCAGUCGGAGAUCCUAUUUCGGAUAAACACAGUAAAAUUACACCUCGUCUACAGAGAUGAUUUUUUGGGACAGAAUUUAUUUGUGGUAAUGGUGAUCACCUUCACUGCAAUCGAAGAAUAUUAAAAAAUAUGGCUGAGGUUCAAAGUCCUCUAUUGCCGAAAGAUGCAAAACCUGAAGAGGUCAAAGAAUUAUACGACAAUUGGGCUGAAAAAUAUGACGGGGAUAUUUCUCCAGUUUCAACCUACCCGGCCUUAAACAGUAUCAUUACUACACUGUUGGAAGUAAUUGAUACAAGCAAUAAAGAUGUUAGGAUUAUCGAUCUGGGUGCUGGUACAGGCCAUGCUGCCAUUGAACUAAAGAAAUAUGGCUUUACAAAUAUUGAUGGCUUAGAUCUCUCUCCUGCGAUGUUAAAGAAAGCAAAAGAAAAAAACGCUUAUAAGAAUUACAUUUGUGAAGCUGUAACAGAGAAGCAACUGGAUAUUCCAUCAGGUUCCUAUGAUAUCGUUUUAAGUGUUGGUGCAAUAACCUCUGGUUACAUCAAAGCAAAUGCAUUUGAUGAAAUUUUACGUUUGGUGAAGCCAGGUGGUUAUGUUUUUUUCACCAUUCGCAAGGACACUGUGGAAAUUGAUGAAUAUGAAUUUAAGAAAAAAUUUGAGCAGUUUAUCAGUGAAGGCAAAUGGAAAGAGGUGAAGAAGUAUGAAACUGACUACCUUGUUGGCUUUCAUAAGAACGUCAACAAAGAUCUCACUAAAUGUUAUGUCAUGGUGUUUAAAGUACUAAAGAAUGAAUAAAUAGCUGACUUAUUUGAACAUUAUACUUGAUAUGCAAACCAACAAAAAUUUGAAUUAGGAAUAAUAAUAAUUUGGUAUAAUUUAUAGAAGAUAAAAAUGUUCAUUUACAUUAGUAAUAUGUUUUAUAUAAUAGCCAUAAGAAUUUAUGCAAUUGGUCUCCGUUGCUUGUGGCCAUUUUUUUAGUCUUGUCACAGAUGACGUCAUACCCGUGUAUCUAUAACUAAACUGACUACGGAUAAAAGAAAUCUAUUUGUUAAUUUUACAAUUAAAUGUUUUAUAUUGAUUGUUGUUGAUGCAUUAAACAUGGUAUGUAUGAUGUA